AUGCUCUACCUCCUCGACUACGGCGCCGGCAAUGUUCGCAGCCUGGCCAACUCGAUCAACAAGCUCGGCUUCGAGUUCAAGUGGGUCCAGCACCCCGAUGACAUUCAAAAGGCCGACAAACUCAUCUUCCCGGGUGUAGGCGCCUUUGGCUCGGCCAUGACAUCGCUCCGCAACAACGGCUUCGCCGAGCCGCUCAAGCAGUACAUCGCCUCUGGGAAGCCCUACAUGGGCAUCUGCGUCGGGAUGCAGUGCCUCUUUGAGGGGUCCGCGGAGGACCCCAGCCAGCCUGGCCUCGGCGUCGUCCCCGGCGUCAUUGGCAAGUUUUCGGCAAACGACAGCAUGGGGCGCAAGUCCGUCCCGCAGAUGGGCUGGAACACGGCCGAGGUCGUCAAGACGAGAAGCGACGGCGGCGAUGAGGACGCCGUCAAGUACGGCUUCCCGCCGAGGGAUGCCAAGGACAGCAGCCACUACUACUUUGUUCACUCGUUCCGCGCUGGCUUCGACGCCUCCAAGCACUCGGACUGGGCUCUCACCACGACCCAGUACGGCUCCGAGGUCUUUGUCUCGUCGGUUCAGAAGGGCAACGUGUUCGCCACCCAGUUCCACCCCGAGAAGAGCGGUCGCGCCGGUCUCGAGCUGCUGCGUGCCUGGCUUAGCCGUGACGGCACCCUGGCGCCCGCCAAGGAGAGGCUGCUGCUCAGCCCGGAGGACAUCGCCCGCCCCGCCGCGCAGGACGGGCUCACCAAGCGCAUCGUGGCCUGCCUCGACGUGCGCAGCAACGACGACGGGGACCUCGUCGUGACCAAGGGCGAGUCAUACGACGUGCGCGAGAAGGAGGAGCCGCAGCAGGACAACGCCGCGUCUUCGUCAGCACCACAGGGUGGCAAGCGACAGGUCCGCAACCUCGGCAAGCCGGUCGACUUGGCGUUGCGCUACUAUCUCGAGGGAGCCGACGAGAUCACCUUCCUCAACAUCACCUCUUUCCGGUCCUGCGCGCUGCAGGACCAGCCCAUGCUCAGCCUGCUCGAGCUGGCGGCGUCCAAGAUCUUUGUGCCGCUCACCAUCGGCGGAGGAAUCAAGGACUCGGUCGAUCCGGACGGCACGCCGCGUCCGGCCAAGGAGGUGGCCGACGCCUACUUCCGCGCCGGCGCCGACAAGGUGUCGAUCGGCAGCGAGGCCGUCUACGCGGUCGAGGAGCUCUACCAGAGGGCCAAGGAGAACGGACAGGGCGACGAGGCGAACCCGCUCAACUUCAAGGAUGCCUGCCUAACGGGCAAGACGGGGAUCGAGACCAUCUCCAAGGGCUACGGCGCCCAGGCGGUCGUGGUUUCGUUUGAUCCGCGACGGGUCUACCUGCAGGAUGGAGAGGAGGUCCCCGAGGCCCACCGGACCUGCCUGGUCGAGGGCGUGAAGGGAAGCGAGGACGAGGGCAAGCGAUGGUGGUACCGGUGCACGGUCAAGGGCGGUCGCGAGGACCGCGACGUCGACGUGGUGCAGCUGGCAAGAGGCGUGCAGAGGCUGGGAGCGGGCGAGGUGCUGCUCAACUCGAUCGACCGGGACGGCUCCAACAAGGGCUUCGACCGCCAGCUCGUUGAGCUCAUCAGGCGUAGCGUCGACAUCCCCGUCAUCGCAAGCUCCGGUGCGGGGACGGCCCAGCACUUUUCGGACGUCUUUACGCCGCUCGAGGGCGAGACGAGCAGCGUCGAGGCAGCCCUGGCCGCGGGCAUCUUCCACCGCAAGGAGUGCACCAUCCAGGAGGUCAAGGACCACCUGCUCAGCAAGGGAUUCAAGAUCCGCAGCGAGGCCGUCGGCGAGGGGGCGGGCGCCAUCUCGACCCAGUAG